AUGGCAUUCAUGAUGAACGCUGUUGGUCUUGCGUUAGGCUUCCUCAGUUUUCUUCAGGUUCAUAGUUUUUCUAUAGUCACAGAAAAUGGUGGUCAAAAUAUAACUCACUUUGACAUAAAUGAUAUUGAUGCUAAAAAUGUUGACGUUUUUAGACAACUUUUAAACCAGGAAACGAUCAUAAGAAUAGGAUUGGUGAAAAAUGUGCACUCACUGAUGAAGGACAUGAUCGACCUGAAACAAAGUAUGAAGACAUUGGAAACUUCACAGCAGAAAACAGAAGUCGAGGUGACAGCGUUAAAACAGGAAGUGAACGAACUGAAACGUGAAAACGAAAGACUUAAGCUUGAAAAUAGAAGGUACGAAGAAAUGUUCAGUUCCGUCAAAGAAAACUUCACUGAAAUGAAUCAACGUAUUCUUGAGUUUGAAGAACAAUUCGAAGAUAAGAGAGAGGUUUAUGAAAAAAACACAGGUUUAAUACUUGGGGACCUAAAAGUUGAAGUUCGCUAUCUGUCAGUUACUCUUCUUGACCUGAAUAAACACACUUUGGAACUAGACAAAAGUAUUCCUGCAUUGAUAGAGGAAAAGUAUGAUAUUUUAUCGACGAAAUUGAAUGGUUCCCUUGAAAUUUUGAACAACGAUUUACUUGCUUCUAGUGCAAAAAUUUCGACGUCUGUACUGAAUCUUGAAAACUCUCAGAAUACGACCAUAUCUUCGAUGUUUGAUGAUUUGAACAAAGCUAUUGCUGACCUAAAAACUGAUGCAAAAAAAUCACAUUACGAACAACUAAAACUUUCUUCUGUCGUGACGACUCUUGAGAUGUUCCGAAUGAAUACCACCAGAAAUAAAUGUGAUUUGCAGAAGAGUGUAUCUGUAGCCUUCACUGCUGGGGUCACCUAUAGCAGUACAACAUGGAGCGGUGGGACAUUGGUGUUCGAUAAAGUCAUCAACAACGUAGGAAAUGGGUAUAAUAUGUCCGAUGGAGUUUUUACUGCACCAACCGGAGGGAACUAUAUGUUCUAUGUCAGUAUCCAAAGUAAUAGUAACCGUCACAAUAUUUGGGUAGACAUUACGAUAAACGGAUCUAGUAAGGUACGAGCCAUAGCGGAAGUGUAUAAUGACAACGAUGGCUAUGAGACAGGUACAAACAUGGUGACAUUCCGACUGCAGCAGGGGGAUCGAGAUGACAUACGCAAGCGUGACAUAACAGAGGACAUGUUUCAAGCCUUAGUGGAUAAAUUGCAAGUCAUAACAGAUGAAAACCGAGAGCUUCGGAAGAAAGUCGAGAACCAUGAGUCUGUGAUUAGAAAGGAAAUAGAAAACAUGACAUCUAGGACUAGGAAGGAAUUUGAGAACCAGGAGUCUAGGAUUGGGGAGAAAUUAGAGAAUCAGAAAUGUCUUAAAAAUCAGACAGGAAUUAACGACAUACGUAAGAGAGUGGCGUUCACAGCUGGAGUGACAUCCAGUAGCAGCACGUGGAACAGUGGUACCUUAGUGUACAGCAAAGUCAUCAACAAAGUGGGAGGAGGAUAUAACCCGAGCACCGGAAUCUUCACCGCACCUGUGGAAGGAGACUACGUGUUCUACGUCAGUAUCCAAAGUUACUAUACAAACGAUAUAUACAUAGAUAUUGUGUUAAAUGGAUCUAGUAAGGUCCGAGCAGCGGCCUUCGCAUACAGCUCAGACGAACGUGAUGAGAUGGGUUCAAACCUUGCAACAUUACGACUACAGAAAGGGGACACAGUAUGGGUAAAAUAUACAGUAUGA